AUGGAGGCACGUUUUCUGAGUCUCGUCCGUAAUAAUGAAGCCUCGGAAGUUUCCACAGUUCUUGGGGAGGAAAACGUCAGUCCAGACAUUUCUCUUGGCCUGGCGACACUCCAGGACAAGUUCGGCAGGUCUGUCCUGGAGCUAGCCGUGGACAGCGGGUCGCGCGAAGUGGCCGAGGUUCUGUUAGACCACGGCGCACCCAUCGGUGACGCGCUGCUGUACGCCAUCGACAGGCAGGACGUCGACGCCAUGCGGAUCCUGAAGGAGAGGGCGUUGACGGAGACCCUAGGUCGGACGUACGGUGUGGACUCUGAGGAUGGCAGCAACGCCUUCCCCAGCUACAUGACCCCGGUCAUGCUAGCAGCCAUGAAGAACAACUACGAUAUCCUAGAGAUGCUGCUUCAAGCUGGCUUCCCUACACCUGCGCCAGACGACUACAAAUGGACAACCGACAUUAGCGAGUCCAUCGCUUGGCUGGACGCCUACCGUGCGGUGUGCAGUCCGUCCUACAUCCUUCUCACCAGCCCCGACCCGUUUAUUACUGCCUUCCGGACGGCCAAGGCUCUUCGAGAUGCCCUAUGGAAGCGGGAACAGUACCGGCCUGAGCUGGAGCUGCUGGCGGACCAGUGUGAGACGUUCGCCCGUGAGUUACUGGACGAGGCACGCUCAACUAAAGAAGCCGGGACCAUCCUCGAGCACCUCUGCAGUCCAGAGGACUCUCCAUACAGAAAGUCCGCCUCUACUAUCCAGCUAGCUGUGGACCUCAAGUUAAAGCAGUUCGUGACGCACCCUCUUUGCUUUGAAUAUGUCAACCAACGGAAGUUCCAGGAGAUCGCAGACUUUCAUCCGUUCUUCCAGGGGUUGGAAACCGCCUCCUCUGUGUAUACCGCAGUUUUCUUGGUGACCGUGGGGCUAGCGUAUCCCUUCCUGUGUCUGGCACAUCUUCUAGCGCCUCAGUCAAAGGUCAGCGUACGACUAGUUGUAGUAUCAUAAUGGUACUUGAAGAAUCAACGGAUACGUUAUGCAAUAGUUAUAUUGAAUAAUUGCCCUAAGUUGGCUGUUACGCUUGAUACAUAGGAACUGGUAGUGCUGUUGAAUUUGAGGAUAGAAAGAAUUGAUUCCCCUUCUAAUAUUAGAAAAGCUACACUCUGUGAAUGAGAGUAUCUGUUUUGUUUAGCUUUUUGUUUUUAGCGACGCUUCAGGGGUGAGCCUAAUAGUAUAGUUUGCGACUGUUUGACAAGUAUUCCCAAAAUCUCGCAGGCAUGUCAGGAAUUUUUCUACAGGCAUGUGUAGUUGCAUCAUCCCUUUAGAGGGGAUGGGUUGACGAAUCGUCAUGAUAUUUGGAAUGUAGCUAUAGAAAGCUUCAGAGAUGCCUUGCAUAAUUAAAUGCUAAUCAUGCAAAUCAGGGGCUGAUUUGGGUAUUAAUGAGUACAGUAUAUAAAUACACUGCAUUUCAUGUUAGAAUGCUCAAAAAUAUCCCAAAUGUAAAUCAA